GGGGUCAGCACAGGAAGAGUGCUGUCUUAUCCAAGGUGAGUUGUGUCCACUGAUGGGCAUCAGGGGGUCAGCACAGGAAGAGUGCUGUCUUAUCCAAGGUGAGUUGUGUCCACUGAUGGGCAUCAGGGGGUCAGCACAGGAAGAGUGCUGUCUUAUCCAAGGUGAGUUGUGUCCACUGAUGGACAUCAGGGGGUCAGCACAGGAAGAGUGCUGUCUUAUCCAAGGUGAGUUGUGUCCACUGAUGGACAUCAGGGGGUCAGCACAGGAAGAGUGCUGUCUUAUCCAAGGUGAGUUGUGUCCACUGAUGGGCAUCAGGGGGUCAGCACAGGAAGAGUGCUGUCUUAUCCAAGGUGAGUUGUUUCCACUGAUGGGCAUCAGGGGGUCAGCACAGGAAGAGUGCUGUCUUAUCCAAGGUGAGUUGUUUCCACUGAUGGGCAUCAGGGGGUCAGCACAGGGGGGACCACAGUCUGGUCUAAAGUGAGAUUUUAGCUUUUGUAUCCAUACACCAAAGUGGACGUGUGUGUGUGCGUGCGUGCGUGCGUUUGAAGCAGAGGGUAAAUAGACAUGCUAUUUUUCAUCAGUAUACUGUAGAUGUGUCUGCUCAAUCUAUUACUGUAUGUAUUUUGUCUGCUUGUGUAUCCAGACCACAGACACACAGACCAGUGUCUCCAGUGCCCAGCGGUGUGUCCAUGAAGAGUGACCAGUCCAUGGAUCCUCCUCUUAGACUCAGCAGGGGACCACAGUCUGAUCCAAAACCACAGACACACAGACCAGUGUCUCCAGUGCCCAGCUGUGUGUCCAUGAAGAGUGACCAGUCCAUGGAUCCUCCUCUCAGACUCAGCAGGGGACCACAGUCUGAUCCAAAACCACAGACACACAGACCAGUGUCUCCAGUGCCCAGCUGUGUGUCCAUUAAGAGUGACCAGUCCAUGGAUCCUCCUCUCAGACUCAGCAGGGGACCACAGUCUGGUUCAAAACCACAGACACACAGACCAGUGUCUCCAGUGCCCAGCUGUGUGUCCAUGAAGAGUGACCAGUCCAUGGAUCCUCCUCUCAGACUCAGCAGGGGACCACAGUCUGGUCCAAAACCACAGACACACAGACCAGUGUCUCCAGUGCCCAGCUGUGUGUCCAUGAAGAGUGACCAGUCCAUGGAUCCUCCUCUCAGACUCAGCAGGGGACCACAGUCUGGUCCAAAACCACAGACACACAGACCAGUGUCUCCAGUGCCCAGCUGUGUGUCCAUGAAGAGUGACCAGUCCAUGGAUCCUCCUCUCAGACUCAGCAGGGGACCACAGUCUGGUCCAAAACCACAGACACACAGACCAGUGUCUCCAGUGCCCAGCUGUGUGUCCAUUAAGAGUGACCAGUCCAUGGAUCCUCCUCUCAGACUCAGCAGGGGACCACAGUCUGGUCCAAAGAACAUACUGGCCCAGGAUCAGUCCAUGUGUGGAUUGUGUGAGCAGCUACUGAGGGACCCGGUCACCACCAGCUGUGGACACAGUUUCUGCAGGCAGUGCAUCAGCAGCUACUGGAGCCAGUCUGGUCCAUCAGGAGACUACAGCUGCCCCCAGUGCAGAAAGAGACCCAGAACACAACCCAUUAUAAACCCUGACACAACCAUGGCACAACCUUACCUAUACCUAUCUACAGCCAUGGCACAGCCCCACCUAUACCCAUCUACAACCAUGGCACAACCUCACCUAUACCCACCUUCAACCAUGGCACAACCUCACCUAUACCCAUCUACAACCAUGGCACAACCUCACCUAUACCCACCUUCAACCAUGGCACAACCUCACCUAUACCCACCUACAACCAUGGCACAACCUCACCUAUACCCACCUACAACCAUAGCACAACCUCACUUAUACCCACCUACAGCCAUGGCACAACCUCACCUAUACCCACCUACAGCCAUGGCACAACCUCACCUAUACCCACCUACAACCAUGGCACAACCUUCGUCAUACCAACACAGUGAAAUGGCACUUCAUCUGAACCCAUAUACAGACAUGGCACAAGGUCCAUACCCACACACAGACACGGGGCAGCGUCCUCAGUACUCAAACUCAGCCACGGGGCAGCUUAAUCAUCCACACAUCCAGCACCCUCUUUAUCCACACAACCACACGGCACAGAUCUCUUCACAGCCUCCCUUAGAUGAGCACACAGUCAUGACAGCCAGCACCCAUCUGCAAACUGAGCAUGCUCCAGUCAAAAGGGCCAAACUAACAGAUGAUGUCCUGACCAGAGUACUGAUGACCCAUAAAGCCAGCAUGAAGAGGAGGUUUGAGAGCAUAUGUGAAGGCAUCAUAAGGUCAGGGACUCAAACACUCCUGAACAAGAUCUACACAGAGCUCUACAUCACAGAGGGAGAGAGUGAAGGGGUGAAUAAUGAGCAUGAGGUUUGGCAGGUAGAGUCAGCAUCCAGGCCACAAACCACAGAAGACACAGCAAUCAACUGUAAUGACAUCUUCAAGCCCUUACCUGGACAGGAGAGACACAUCAGAACUGUGAUGACCAAAGGGAUUGCUGGCAUUGGAAAAACAGUCUCAGUGCAGAAGUUCAUUCUUGACUGGGCAGAGGAGAGAGCUAACCAGGAUGUAGAUUUCAUGUUUGUGCUUCCAUUCCGUGAGCUGAAUUUGGUCAAACAUGAUCAGUACAGUCUUCACCGGCUCCUGCUUGACUUCCACCCUGAGCUUAGAGAGCUAGAGGAUGGUGAAUACAAAGACUGCUGCAUUGUGUUCAUCUUUGAUGGUCUGGAUGAGAGUAGACUUCCACUGAAUUUCCAAGGGAACCGGACAUUGUCUGAUGUAACACAAACAUCAUCAGUUGAUGUGCUGAUGACGAGCCUCAUUCAGGGAACACUGCUUACCUCUGCUCUCCUCUGGAUAACCUCCCGACCAGCAGCAACCAGUCAGAUCCCUUCUCAGUGCAUCAGUCUGGUGACAGAAGUACGAGGGUUUAAUGACCCACAGAAGGAAGAGUACUUUAGGAAAAGGAUCAGUGACCAGAAUCAAGCCAACAGAAUCGUCUCACACAUUACAGCAACCAGGAGUCUCCACAUAAUGUGCCACAUGCCAGUCUUCUGUUGGAUCUCAGCCACUGUCCUUCAGCAGAUACUGGAACAGGAUGAUGGGAAGGAAGCCCCCAAAACACUGACUGAAAUGUUCAUACACUUCCUGCUUAUCCAGACCACUAGAAAGAACCAGAAGUAUCAAGUGGAAAAUGAGACAGAUAGACAGAGGCUCCUGGAUUCACACAAGGGUGUCAUAUUGAAACUGGCAGAGCUGGCUUUCAAGCAUCUGGAAAAUGGCAAUCUCAUGUUCUAUGAGGAAGACCUGAGAGAGUGUGGCAUUGAUGUCAGUGAAGCCUCAGUGUACUCUGGCAUGUGCACUGAGAUCUUCAGGGAGGAAUGUGUGUUUCAUCACAAGAAAGUCUACUGCUUUGUCCAUUUGAGCAUCCAGGAGUUUCUUGCUGCACUUCAUUUAUUUGGCUCCUUCUUGAGUAAGAACAUGGAGGUCCUGGAGCCAUUUAUUAGCAGAAAGUCCAAGUCUUUGCCAGAUGUGCCUCUAGAUGAGCUGCUGAAGAAUGCAGUGAACAAAGCUUUGGAAAGUAAGAAUGGACACCUUGAUUUGUUUGUUCGCUUUCUUCAUGGCAUUUCUCUGGUGUCAAAUCAGAGACUUUUGCUAGGCCUCCUGACACACACACACAGUAGCCUAGAGAGUGUGAAGAAAACAAUCAAGAACCUGAAGGUAAUGCAGAGACCAAAUAUCUCCCCCGAGAGGUGCAUCAACCUGUUCCACUGCCUGGUGGAAAUGCAUGACUCUUCUGUUCAUGAUGAAAUCCAGGCUUUCCUGAGGGCAGAGAAAGGUGCCGUGAAACAGCUCACACUGGCUCACUGCUCAGCCUUGGCUCAUGUGCUUCUGAUGUCUGAUGAGGUGCUGGAUGAGUUUGACCUGAACAAAUACAAAACCUCUCCAGAAGGUCGCAGGAGACUGGUUCCAGCCGUGAGAUGCUGCAGAAAGGCUCUACUUGCUGGCUGUAAGUUAACAGAGAAGUCCUGUGAGAUUGUGGCCUCAGCUCUGCAGUCUGCAAACUCCCCCUUAAGAGAGCUGGACCUGAGUCAGAAUGACCUGCAGAAGUCAGGAGAAAAACUGGCCUCUGCUCUUCUGAGUCCAAACUGCAAACUGGAGACACUGAGACUUGUUGGCUGUAAACUGAAAGGGGGAUUUUUGGCCUUGGCUCACAAGGGAGCAAACUCCCACCUAAGAGAGCUGGACAUGAGUGACAGUGAGCUUCAGGACUGUGGAGGAGAACUGCUCCAUCAACCACUGAAUCAAGACUGUAAAGUGAGACUCAUCAACUGUAGACUCAAACACAGCUCCUGUGUGGUUGUGGUCUCAGUUCUGCAGUUAUGUAUUUCUCAACUGAGUGAGUUGGACAUGAGUGGUUGUGAUCUGCAAAUAUCAGAAGAGAAGCUGCUCUCUGGUCUUAGAGAUCCAAACUGCCAACUUGAAAAACUGAGACUUGUUGGCUGUAAACUGAGAGGGAGAAUGUUGGCCUUGACUCUUCAGUGGGCAAACUCCCACCUAAGAGAGCUGGACAUCAGUGACAGUGAGCUUCAGGACUGUGGAGGAGAACUGCUCCAUCAACCACUGAAUCAAGACUGUAAAGUGAGACUGAUCAGUUGUAGACUCAAACACAGCUCAUCUGAGGUUGUGGUCUCAGUUCUGCAGUCAUAUAUUUCUCAGCUGAGUGAGUUGGACAUGAGUGGCUGUGAUCUGCAAACAUCAGAGGAGAAGCUGCUCUCUGGUCUUAGAAACCCAAACUGCCACCUGGACAAACUGAGACUUGUUGGCUGUAAACUGAGAGGAAGGUUUUUGGCCUUGAUUCUUCAGUGGGCAAACUCCCACCUAAGAGAGCUGGACAUCAGUGACAGUGAGCUUCAGGACUGUGGAAGAGAACUGCUCCAUCAACCACUGAAUCACGUCUGUAAAGUCAGACUCAUCAGCCGUGGACUCAAAGACAGCUCCCGUGAGGUUGUGGUCUCAGUACUUUCAUACAUUUCUCAACUGAGUGAGUUGGACAUGAGUGACUGUGAUCUGCAAACAUCAGCAGAGAAGCUGCUCUCUGGUCUUAGAAACUCAAACUGCCACCUGGAGAAACUGAGACUUACUGGUUGUGAGCUAACAGAGGAAUCCUGUAAGGCUGUAGCCUCUGCUUUGCAGUCCUCCAUCUGUCUAAAGGAACUGGACCUGAGUGACAAUGACCUGAAGGAGUCUGGAGUUCAGCUUCUCUCUACAGGACUCAGUAGCCCUCACUGUAAACUGCAGUCUUUAAGACUUGCUGGUUGUGAGCUAACAGAGGAAUCCUGUAAGGCUGUAGCCUCUGCUUUGCAGUCCUCCAUCUCCCUAAAGGAACUGGACCUGAGUCACAAUGACCUGAAGGAGUCUAGUGUUCAGCUUCUCUCUACAGGACUCAGUAGCCCUCACUGUAAACUGCAGACUUUAAGACUUGCUGGUUGCGAGCUAGCAGAGGAAUCCUGUAAGGCUGUAGCCUCUGCUUUGCAGUCCUCCAUCUCCCUAAAGGAACUGGACCUGAGUGACAAUGACCUGAAGGAGUCUGGAGUUCAGCUUCUCUCUACAGGACUCAGUAGCCCUCACUGUAAACUGCAGUCUUUAAGGCUCAAUCUGUGCCACCUCUCUAAAGUAAGCUGUGAAAUGAUGGCAUCCGUGCUGCAAAGUGCACCUUCCCAUCUGAGAGAACUGGACAUGAGUGACAAUGACUUGCAGGAUGAAGGAGUGAAGCUGUUCUGUGCAGGACUAAGAGAUCCACAAUGCAAGCUGGAGACACUGAGACUGUCUGGUUGUCUCAUCACACAUGAGGGCUGUUCUCUCUUGUCCUCUGCCCUCAAAUCAAACCCCUCCUACCUGAAACAGCUGGACCUGAACUACAAUCACCCAGGAGACUCAGGUGUCAGAGAGCUCACAGACAGACUUAAUGAUCCCAGCUGUAAACUAGAGACGUUGAGGUAUGACCAUGGAGGAGAGUGCAGGAUUAAAUCAGGACUGAGAAAAUAUGCCUGUGAGCUCACACUGGACCCAAACACAGCAAACAGAUAUCUUUCUCUCUCUGGGGGGAACAGAAAGGUGACACGUGUGUGGGAUCAGCAGCAGCCGUAUCCUGACCACCCAGAGAGAUUUGACUCCAUAAACGGGCAGGUACUGUGUAGAGAGGGUCUGUCUGGACACCACCCAGAGAGAUGUGACAGUCUGGGUCAGAGCCUAGUCAGCACGGGUCAGUCUGGACGCUACUACUGGGAGGCUGAGUGGAGUGGUGAGGUUUAUAUAGCAGUGGUCUAUAAGAGCAUGGAGAGGAAAGGGAGUGGGGACAGCAGCUUCUUUGGAGGUAAUGCCAAGUCCUGGAGUCUGGAGUGCUCUGGUAACAGUUACUCUGCCCAUCACAAUAGUAAGGAGACUGCCAUACCUGCCCCCUCCUCCCGCUCCAGCAGAGUAGGAGUGUACCUGGACUGGCCAGCAGGCACUCUGUCCUUCUACAGCGUCUCCUCUCACACACUCACCCACCUGUACACGUUCCACUCCACAUUCACUGAGCCCCUCUAUCCUGGGUUUUGUGUUUAUAUUGGCUCCUCAGUGUCCCUGUGCCAGAUCACAUGACCUCCUAAUCCUGCAGGAGAGGAGAGCCACAACCACUAUGUGUACACACUCCUGUGUGUGUGUGUGUGUGUGUGUGUGUGUGUGUGUGUGUGUGUGUGUGUGUGUGUGUGUGUGUGUGUGUGUGUGUGUGUGUGUGUGUGUCUGUGUGUCUGUGUGUCUGUGUGUGUGUGUGUGUGUGUGUGUGUGUGUGUGUGUGUUCCUUUUAUUGCCUCAUCUGUGUUGCAUCUUCCCUCUGGCUUAUCCCCUGAAUUUAGUGCUCCCUCUGUUUCUUGUGUGUGUGUGUUUAUUAUCUCUCUCUCUCUCUCUGUGUGUGUGAUUGUGUGUGUGUGUGUGUGUGUGUGUGUGUGUGUGUGUGUUGUGUGAGUGUGUUGUAGUAGUAUACUGUAUGUAUGUAUGUGUACUUAUGUGUGUCCGUGUCCACAGGAGAGGAGAGCCACACACUCCUGUUUGUGUGUGUGUGUGUGUUACUUCUCUUGCCUCCUCUGUUUUUGGUUUGAUGUGUAUAUAAAAAGGGGAACAGAAUGUGAUUCAUAGGAAAAUGAAAUACAAAUAAAUAAAUAUAAUGAACAUG